UUUUUGUGUGUGUGUGUGUGUGUGUGUGCGUGUUUUUAUUUAAAAUCAUCAUCAUCAUCAUUAUUUAUGAGAAAAAUAAUGUCCAAAAUGAAAUCCAGCAUGUAUCUUCACAUCAUUCAGUUUCUACUUACACUUGAUGUAUAAAUUUUUUUUAGAAUAGGCUAAAAAUUAUAGACGCAUUCAAUAUAAGUUUGUUUAUAUAAAAUGUGCAUGCUAAGAAUAUUUUGUAUCAUGAAUGUAUAAUUAUGAUGAUAUAGUUUUAGUGUUUCAUUUAACAGCUUAAAAAUGAAGUUUACAAGAAUUUAUUUUUUCACUUUUGUUACACACUUAUCUGCAUUACAAUUUGAAAACAUUGGGUGUGGAGCAUACCCAGCUGUUGUUGUUACUGACAAGAAUUACAAAUUUAUUCCAUUAGCAGUUAACAUAACACGUUGCUUUGGAAAAGAUCAUGGUACACAUUUAUUAAUGAAAUGUGAGCCAACUCUAACACAAAAUGUAAGUAUUUUAACUAUUUCUUUUGAAGGAGUCCCUAGCACAUCAACAGUAUUAAAUCAUGUUAGUUGCGAAGAGAAAUGUAUUUUGAACGCCUCAUCUUGUAACAAGUAUCAGUUAUUUAGUGCAGACGAUUGUCAAUGUUUGUGCAAGCAUAACACACUUUCAGUUUCUUGUUUAUACCCGUUAAUUUGGGACAAGACUCUAUGCAAUUGUGUGUGUAGAUAUGACAAAAACAGUUACAAAUGUGAAGAAAAAAAAGAAUUUAGUGUUUCCUACUGUGGUUGUGUAUGUAAGCCGAAAUACUAUAAAGCGUGCAUGGAACAAACUGGAAAAAUAUUUAAUACAGUGACUUGUGCUUGUGAGGAUUUACCACUAGGAGAGAAAUUAGAAAGUCCAUCUUGUAAAAAUAUUGUCAUGAAAGUUGUUGUUACUGUUGUUGUUUUUGUGGAAGCAGUCAUUCUAUUUUUAAUUUUGUACUUUUAUACAAGAUACACUAAUGCAAAAAAAAAAGUUGAAAUAAAUGACUGACACAUUAAAUAGCUUUAAAAGUAUAGGCUCUCCAAAAAUCUGUUUCUAAAUUUGUUAAACAAUUGACUCACGAGAUUUACAAAUAUUAAGAUUUUAUUAAAAAUUAAGAGUAGAAAAACAAAGAUUGUUAGAGUGACACUUUCGUUUAUGACAUGAUAGCAAAUAAAGUCUAUGGUUACAGAAAAUAGUAUCAGAUUUAAAAAAUUGAUAAAUGUAAUCUAUUUUUUAUUUUAAACUUACAUAUAAUUUUAUUUUUUUUUCAAAUUCUAAUACAUUUAAACAUAUAUAUAUUCAAUUACUUUAUUUACCAAAUAACUUUUGUAAACAAAACAAAAAUAUUUUUGUAAUUUCUGUCCUCUGCUUAUGAAGUUAAUUUUUGUAUUCAACCAUCUAUCCUGUAAAUAUAAACAUUCAUCAUGGGUACUUUAAGUUUAUUAUAAAAAUAAAAAAAAAACAAAUCUGCUUAUAAGAUUAUCAUGCACUCACCUGAAAUAUUUAUUUUAUUGCAGAUUUUUUAAUGCUUACUUUUCUUACCAAUAUUUACUCAAUUUUAUAGAAUAUUUUCUAGCAUUUAUAAUUUUUGUUUAUAAAAAUGCUAUAAAAUUUUGAUU